AUGGCUUCCUUCUUCCAGCCUCUGCUGUCAGGCAACACUGCCUCGGAAGUCUGCGGCAACGGCACCCAGUGGAAGAUAUACUGCAACUCCAUAUUACCGAGCGAUGAACGUCUCCAGUACUCAUAUCAAUGGAUCACCUUCAUCAUCGCAAUCGUAGCUGUGGGUGUCCCAACGAUUCUGGCAAUAGGCGAGAGGUCAGCCUGGGCCUUCAGAUCAUGGAGAAAGAGAAGAAAAAGUCGGAACAGAGAUGGAGCACUCGAGCGGGCCAAACGCAUGGAGCCAUCGCCCUGCGUGGACCUGUCGACGGUCAAGUCGUUUGGCGUCUUUGGGAAGGACAGCCCCGUCCCCAAUCUUGGAAAGCUCAACAUCGAGCACGACCUGCUGAUCGUGGCCCUGCCGUUUCUGACGGGGGCGGCUGCCACCGAGGACACUGACCAAGGCUCAUUUUCCGAGACCUCGAGCACCAUCGCCGGUGUCUCCCCAUCCACUCCCGUGCUUGGCCUUGUUGACGGCCAGGACCUGGGCAUCAGCUCUGCGACCGGAUUCUCCCCCUCGACCACCAUCGACUUUCUCUUCCAUGUCUACCACGACAAUGCCGUCGUAGGCCUGGUCCUGGAUGUCGGCAUGGUCCCCAGCUCAGCCCUCCCCUUGAUCCCGCAGAUCAUCAUCGGGCUCUGCGAGAUCCAAGUUCCCGUCGUCCUAAAGUGCCACCAUGACGCCUCAGUGCUGAGCCUGGUGAACCCCAAGUUCCUCUCAGGCCUCAUUGUGGAGAACGCGUGCAUCCUGGAGGACGGGACGAGGAGGGACUAUUUCCGGUCCAUCGCCCUGCGCGACGCCAUGGCCAAGUGCGCAGACCAGCGGGUGGAGAGGCCCAACUUCUUUGUGGGCUUUUUCGACCGCUGGCAUGUACGCCCCUCGGCAGCCGUGGUCAGGAGAUCGCAGAAGCUAGCCGAGCAUUUCGCGGCCGCCUUUGAGCACGGCCGAGCCGCGUCUCCAACCGCACCCAGCGUCAUGCCGACCAAGAAGCUGCCGCUCAGCCUGAGCGCGUUUGAGUACCUGCGGAGGUCCGAGACGUCGGAGCUGCAGAGCUCCUGGAUGCAGCAGAAGAGGCUCACGCACGUGGGCAACGGACGGCGCGACUCGAUCGAAAAGGUGGCCAGCCUGCCGUUUGGCGAGCUCCAGCAGAUCAUCCCCGAGAUCGAUGAGCUCCUGCGGCCGCUGUCGCUCCCCGAAGACCUCCAGAACCUGCGAUCUGAACGGCCCAUCAGGAUUACCCCGCCCGACUAUGUGCCGUACGCCCCAACCAGGGAGGACUUUUGGGAGCGCACGUCGCAGGGGGAGCUGAUUUCGCCCAAUGGCUGCGUACCACUCCUCAGCGAGCCCACCACCGCCCAGCACGACGCCAUCCUGGACACUCAGAUCCAUCUGCGCACCCUGAAGAUGCUGCAGCGCGCCUCGGAUGCUGAGAUGACCAAGUACCUCGAGGCUUUCCAGCAGUACCCUCGUGCCUCCAGGCACUAUCAGCUCGUGCAGUCGCUGGUGGCGGGCCUUAAGGCGCGAAAUAUCUUCAUCUACAAGGGCCUCGGCAGCGGCUUCACCCUCCCGGACAAUGCUGCCGAGUUUUGGGGUGUAUCUGCCGCGCACAAGGUCUCCAAGGACCACUACCUGCAUCCGGACUCGACUCCGACUGAGAUCGACCUCUUCAUUUCACGACGCUGUCCGAGCGACGUGCAGACCAUCCUGCACACGUGGCUCGCGCACCAUGAUGUCUCUCGUGUCGAGCGCUUCGAGGAGGAGCUGCAGUUCGAGCGGGCGCUGGGCGCCUCGGAGGAAGACAUCACGCUUCCCCUGAGCAUUCGCCACCAGAUUGACAAUGCCACGCCGGCAGAGACGCUCUUCCUACUGGAACAGAUCAAGGUGUCGAGCCUGAACCACCACUUCAAGUUCGGGAUCGAAGAGCAGUGCCGCUCUGUGCUCAUCGACCAGACUUCGCUGCAGUCCUGGAACCACGCCACCUCCUUUGGCUUCCUCAGCGGCACCCAGGACAUGGAGUCUCUCCUCCGGCGGCGGCUGCAGGACUUCGUGCGCCUGGGCGCCCAGAAGCUUCCCUCGGUGACCAACCUGCUCCAUCUGUACCACCUCGUCGACAGAAUCGUCGUCGACGCGCUAUUCUCGGCAGACCGCGACAAGCUCAACACCUUGACUGACGCCCUUCUGCACGCAUACGACCCGUGGAGCUCCUGGACCAGCUGCGACCACGUCGACAUAAACGCCGACCUGUUUGCCCUGAUUUUCUUCUCUGCCCUGCGCAAGGGUGCUUUUGAGGACGUCUACGUCGAAACUACAGAUCGCUGCCCUUUCUUCCUCUCCCAGCGCGACCAGGCUGCCGUCUUCUCUGAGCUCUGGGCCCUCGGGUCCCAGUGUGAGGCCUACUUUGGCAUGCUCCCUCGGGAUCUGGGCGAGAUCAUCUACGACCGCUACCGCGAGUUCCUCGAGGACAACCCUCCCCCUAUGGGCUUUAAGGACAAGAAGAUCAUGACGGUUUUUGCGAAGCCUGACCCCAUGCCCGGCGGUGCGGACGAGGAGAUGGGCCCUGAUGGCCCGUCCAGGAAAGACUUUGACAUGUCCAAGACGGUCAUCAACAUCCGCAAGAAGUUUGCCGACUUUGGCGCCCUGUCCAUCUUCUGUCUCCCUGCGAUUAUUGAUAUCCUGCUCUUGACCUUCCUCGGCAGAGGCCUGUUUAUGACCGCCUGGCUGGGCAAUGACCACCUCACCGCUGCAUGCUAUGCGCUCCUCAUGUCGCUGCUCAUCUCGGCUGGUGUCACGGGCUGGGUGGGCAGCAUUGGCAAUUACUACAUCUGCAACUAUGCAUACGACAACAUGAUUUACUUCCACGUCCAGCGGUUGUCUGGUGGGUUUGUCAUUACCAUUCUUGUCGGCAUCGUUGGUUUCAUCAUUUUCACGGUCAAGGUCAAUGUUCUUUCUGGCAUUGUAUUUUUCCUCUAUCUCGUUGCCAUCUCUAUGUAUCUCAACAUUCUUGGCGUCAUGGCAACAAUGCAUCAACGGGGAAGCCCGCUCACGUCGGGCCGUACUGUUCUGUGGCGGACCAUCCCGACAUUCUUUCUCUCACCUUUGAUCUCUACCUUCUCGCCCGGCCACGACCUGCAAAUCUACCUGCCUGUCGCGUACGGAUUCCUGUUUCUCAUCCUGAUCCAGUACCGCAGCCUCUGCCAUGAGUGGUCCACUUGGAUGGACAGGAUUCCCCGUGUGACGGAGAAGGACAUUCUGGGUUGGUACAACACCAAGCUAGAGGCAGAGGCCGGCCAGCCCCUCGCAGACACCGCCUCGGACCGCGACAACAAAGCCACGUCGAGAAUGGUUAAGACGGAGGAGGAGAACAACGUUACGCCCGAGGUCAAGAGGAAGAUGGGUCUCCUGGCCUUCCGCAGGCAGGUUGAGGCCUAUAGCCACGGCGUGCUGGGAUUUGGUGCCACCUCGCACCACGUCGAUCCUGUGGUGGCGCGUGUGGCUAAGGGCAUGCCGUACUUGGACUGGCUGCUGAAGAAGGACGACCCAGCCAGGCCACGCGCGGACACGCUGACGCCUGCCUGGUUCGGACAGGUCAACCAGGCACUCAAAACGCAGGAGCAGAUGGCGCAGGGCCUGAAAGAGCACAACAUCUUCAUCCUCUUCCGGUACGCCCGCUUUGACAUCGGUGUAAGCGUGGGUCUCUUCCUGGUCGCUCUCAUGGACCGCUGGGUCAGCAUUGUCAUGAGCGCCGAGUACGUGGCCAUCAGCGUCUUCAUCGAUGACACAGCCCGCUAUGGCAUCUGUUUUGCCAUCCUGUAUUUCUGCGCCUCUGUCAUGACGCUGGACGGCACGCUGCAGAAGUACUGGUCGGGCAAUUACGCCCUGUCGGACGAGAAACUGCUGGACCUGGACCACGCGGGGCAGGUCGAGAGGGGCUGGGAGACGCGCCGGCGCAAGAAGUACCUGAGCGCCCUGUGCGAACUGUUUCAGCGCCUCUUCUUCUGGUUUGGCGUCUCGUGCAUCCUCCUUUGGGUUUUUGUCAAGAACGCCGAGGUGGUGAUCCUGUUCUACGCUUACUGCAUCGCCUACACGGGCGUCAUGGUCUUCCAAUUUAACCGCUGCUUCACCACAGACGUCAGCUACCAUACCGCCUCGAUCCUGUGCAGCGCCGCAGUGGGUUUUGUGGUCGGCUGCACCAUCCAUGGUGUCUACGGCAACCAUGAGCCCUUUUUUACCGAUGUCAUUGCCCUGAACUCAGCUUCCCUGCUGGCAGCAGCCUUGACGACGUUUUUUGUCUGGAAGGACCUGCACAUGCGAGACUCUACGCGCACCAGCAGCCUCCUACAGACAGGUGCGGGUGCUGACGCUGCGGCGGCGAACUGCUGGACACAGCCCAGGCUGUCCAACCCUAGCAUGGCUGUUUCUGAGACGGCAGAGGUUGUGGCCUGGAAGAAUCUGCCUGGCAACAAGGUCACUUCGGCCUCACACUCCCUCAUCUGCGAGAGGAUUGCCGAGCUUCUGCGCCUGAGUAUCAGUCAGCCCAACCAGCAUGCGCAGAACGCGGCGUGGUCCGAGGAUGUGCUGAAGGUGGCGCUGGAGAUGUGGAAGGCAGGGCAUAUCGAGCUGAACCUCAGCACUCGUACCGCCUUUAUCGACAGGGGCCUUGGGAGUUCCAUGUCCUUCAGCAGGUAUGACGGGAACAUGCUUGAGAUCUCGACGGGUUACCUCCUGGAGGACGAGGUCGAUGUGCCCACGUGGCAGCCCCUCCUGGCAUAUUUUGCCACCGAGGCCAUCCUCUUCCACGUCGCCCGUGCCAUCUUCCACAUGGACCGGAUCCGGGCCAUCCAGGCCGAGCACUUCCUGCAUGAAACGGAGCACAUGUCCCGCCGCAUCGACUUUGAGCUGUCCACAUCAGACCUGCCCACGCUCAUGGACAUCCAACGCAAGACCAACCUCAAGCUGAUGAAGUACCUAUGCAUGGGCGUGCACGUCGACACCAAGUGGAUCGAUCUACCUCCUUAUGUGCGGCAGGUCAUCAUGUGUCGCAUCCUAGGCGAUCCCGUCAGCGUGUCGCGCGACCUGCACGAGUGGAUCGCCACGCACUCCAUCGACCUGCAGACGUGUGACUUCCACCUCGAGAUAGCCCUGGGCAUCUACGAGAAGACGCUGGAGCGCGAGCACAUCAACGCAGAGUACUCUCUCGAGACGGGCACCGCACCCUUGGCCAAGUCGGAACUGCACUGCUCGCCUGUGCACAUCGGCCCAUCCAAAUACGGCUUCCUCCACACUUUUGUGUCUGGAAUCGCUUCUAUCCCGUCCAACUUUACCAAGUGGGUGGGCAUCCUGACCGGGGCCGGGUCCGAUGUCGAACGUGAGCUGUGGUACAACGUGCGGUACUGGUACGCCCGUGGUCCGAUCCUCUGGGUCAUUCUGUCAUUCUGGCGCUUCUGCUGGUUCCUCAAAAACAUCUGGGUCUACGUGCUCCUCAUCUACCACCGCAAGAACCUCGUGCGCAUCUCCCGCCUGGCCAAGAAGGGCGCCUCGAGGACGCUGGUCAAGGAUCGGGUCAUCAUCGAGCAGCCCAGGAAGAUUAUCACGGGUUUCGCCACGCGCAACGACCAAGACUCCAUCACUCUUGACAUUUUCGACAGGGCCCUCUCGACGCGUCCGGCUGCCGAUGUGGAGCCCGUGUCGACGGCCGUGUAUGGUGAGCUUCACCGCCUCGUGCGCCGUCAGGAUAGGUCGACGGGCAAAGACAAGAAGGCCAACCCAUUUGUCUUCUCUACCUUCUUCUUCGCCGAGAGAUCCCGCAGCCGUUGGCCCGCUUAUAAGGAGGUGGUCGACGGCGACAACUUCAAGCGCUGCUUCUACGACAAGUACGGCCGCGUGACCCACGGCGUCAUGAUCUUUAGCGGGACUGAGUACGAGUUCACCUACUCGUACAAGUCCAGCCCCAAGAACAGCCACGAGAUCCUACGUGCUGAGUUCAAGCUGGCCAAGGUGGCCGACAGUGAUAGUUUUGCCGUCUACUGGGGGGUUCCCCUUCGUGCGGACGUCGGUGCCAAGCUCGACUGGGUGCCGUCGGACCGUGUCUGCCGUGUGGUUCGCAGGAUUGGCCGCAAGAGGUACACCACGACCAGCAACUACGCCCACCGCCGCGAUCCGACCAUGGUCACCAUGCUUGAGGACAAAGACACGCGCUGCAUGGUCGCCCAGCCGCCGGAGGUUUUCCCCGAGGAAGCCAUCAUGCAGAUGCGCCCCACGGAUGUCGCCUUUGAAAAUGACGACUUGCUGAUCCGCCAUCACCGGGAUGACGUGCGCCGAAUCUUCAAGUACGCAGGCAGGAAGCUCAGCGCCAGGUCCGUCUCGACCAUCCUCAACCCGGGCGCCUGGAGCUACUUCUCUAAGAAGAAGAUCUACACGCGUGUGCCGACCUGGUGGCUGCGCACCGAGCUGUGGAACAACUGGCUCAAGUCCAACUCGCUCGACGGCAUCACGGCCUGCUGGAUGGACGAGCUGAUUCUGCGCGAGGAGCCCACGCUACAGCGAUACUGGAGCUAUCGGUCCUCUGGCCGUCUCACCUCUGCCAAGAAGGUGCUGGACGACAACAUCGAGCAGAUUGUCGCCGCCAUCGAGAUUGAGAAGGAUGUCUCUGAAGUGUGCAUGUUGCCGAUCAAGGCGGCUGAUUUGUAUGCCAUGGGUCUGGGCAAGGAUGCCAACCAGAUGACGACACGCCCCGAGGAUUGCUUCAAGGACACGGCAGACCGCAUCUCUGUCAUCUUUAAUGAUGUCGGCUGCUGGCCUGAGUCGCCUGGUGGUGUGUCCAACUGCCGCCGUGAUCUGGUCAACGGGCACAGCACGAUUCGCAACCAUGUCUUGGCCGAGUCAGCCAACGAGUACGGUAUUCCGCGCUUCCAGAUCGAGAAGAACGUCCAGUCGCUCAAGAUCCUCCCACUCUGGGGCCUGGACGGCAAGACGCCCAACCAUGGUGUCAUUGACAACCUGCUGCAGUCCGAGGUGGACCGCAAGAUUGGCAACACGGAGAUCAGGCGCGAUAUCCUCGGCACUUUUGUCCCCAUCCUGAAGCAGUUUGUCAAGGGUGCCAGGACUCGCUCCUUCACCCGUCCUGACCUGCUGCACUUCAGUAACGUCAUGCUCACCAUGUUCAAAUACUUUGAACACAAGGACUACAAUGUCACCUGGAACAGCAAGGAGGUGGCCGCGGCCUGGGUCGAAGCCUGGCUCGAGAGCUACGACGACCCUAACAUCAUGGACACGUACGAAUCCUUUGAGCUGUCGCGUCCCACCAUGACCGACUUCCGCGACGCCAUGGCCAUCUACAAGUCGUACUUUUUUAUCUUCAGCGUGCAGACGCCCGAGAACUGCCCGCAGGUCUUCCAGAGCACCCACCACGGCAUCAGCAGUCUGUUCGGCAUGCUGCUCAAGUAUAAGCGCGGCACCACCUUUGGCAUUUGGGACCACGCCAUCCUCUGGCGCGAGUGCUGUCUCAACAUCUCACCCGCUCAGUGCGAGCUGUCCAUCCCCGUGCAGACCAUGCUUCUGGCGGGCAUCGGCCUGGCCACCAAGCUGGCCUACUUUCACGCCGACGUCAUCCUGCCCUGCACCUCCUUCUUCAAUCCCAUCUGGGAGGCCGACCUGGGUACCGACCGCGGCCAGGUCAACCACCGCAACCAGUUCCGCCGCAAGAUCGACCCGAUCGUCAAUGGCGUCGGCAACAUGGACGCCUUCGAGCCUGUGGAUCAUGUGCGCACCGAGGUCCCCACCGUCAUCAUGCUGUCCAACGUCCAGUUCAUCAAGGACGUGCGCACGGCUGUCCUGGCCGCUGAUGUGAUCAUCAACAAGUUCGGCUUCAAGGACUACAAGCUUGUCGUCUACGGUGCACAGGACCGCGAGCCCCAAUACACCAUCGACACCAUCAAGCUGAUCCAGCAGUGCAAGAUGAGCGACAAUGUCACUCUAGGCGGGUUCGGUCGUCCCCAGGAAGUUCUCAAGGACGCCUGGCUGUUCAUGAACUCGUCCCUGUCUGAGGGCCUCCCUCUCGCCAUCGCUGAGGCCGCCCUCGCAGGUGUCCCCAUCGUUGCCACGUCCGUGGGCGCCACCGCUCUGGUCCUGACCGACCCGGACGACUCGAACAAGAAGUACGGUGAGGUGGUGCCACCCAAUGACCCCGUGGCCCUUGCGCGCGCCCAGAUCUCCAUGCUGUCCAUGGUUGGGGCCUGGACCAAGUUCACAGGCGAGGUGGGCGAGAAGGAAGCCGUGCCUUCAUCGCUCGCGCUUCCCGACGUAAUUCAGGACACGGAUGUGGAGUGGCUGACGCGCCGCAUGUACGAGAAGGCCGAGUUCCGCCGCAAGCUCGGCAUGCUCUCGCGUGGCGUCGUGCUCAAGGGGUUCCACGGGAAACGUUACCUGCGCGAGCACGAGCAAAUGUACUGGAUCCAGUGGCACAUAGCCCAGAUGCGAGCCGACGAGGGCCUCAUGGCCUCCGCCCACAACAGUUUCCGCUUUGGUGCUCCCGUUCCUCUUCGGUACAGCGAUGUUUCCGAGGAAGAGCUGUGGGCCGAAACGGAGGACUUUGGUGUGCUGGAUGUAACGCAGUACAGAGGCAAUAAUGAAGAGUCCCGGGCUCUGGAGGAAAGGCGGACGAACCCUUAUGCUUCUUCAAUCAGAUAUUAUCAGGGACCGAUGCGGAAGAACAGUAUUCGGUGGCAGGAGUUCCCGGCCAGUACGAGAGGCUCUUUCCUGACCAUCGGGAGUGGAAGUGGGUAUGAGGGCAAGAGGUUGAGCAAGGCGCCGAGACGGCCUUGGGUCGAGUCGAGAACUGUUUCUUAUGCAUCUUCGGCGGCUGAGGUUGCAUAGUUAUUCUUUUUUUCUUUCUUACUUUGUUUUUUUCUCCUUCUCGCUGAUUUUUCAUGCAUAUUCGGCUCUGCAAAAAAAAAAAAGGGAAAAAGCGUUGGGCAUGAUAUCCGGCGUUUGUGGCUUUCGAAUGAAUCAUUUUGGUGGUCAUCACAUUAUGAUUUCUUAUUUACAUGAUAAUAUCCAACUAUAUAGAACCUUCAUUUGUCUAUCUGGAGAGAGAAUAAUAUAUAUGCCUUAUACCCUGUC